ACCUAAGUUGAAUUCAAUAUCUCCGCGACUUGGUUAAGCCACUCUUUUGGAAGAUGAUUUCAUCCUCGAACUUGAAAUUGAAAGGUACAAUCCUUUAUAACGCAUCCAGCGUAGCUUGGUAGCAUUGUUAGAAUUGGAGGGGUGAUGGAUGUAAAUGUUACAAUUACAAAGACCUAAACAUCACCUGCCAUUCUGCCAAAAUUUGCGGGCGACAGAACACAAGUACACAACCAAACGUUAAAGUUGCUGAAGUUCUACUUACAGGAGAUGCUGAUGAUGAAGCUGUGACUUUUUGAACUUUGAAGAAUAAUAAACGAGGUAAAGACACAAUGCUUCAGCAACCUAAGUUCCACUGUUUUUCGCGAACUAUUUUUGUUCAGCAUUGCCAGCAGUUGCUUCGUGCUCUUGACUGUAAGCUUUAUCACCAUCGCAUCUCAGACGAUGACAAAUAUGUUGAUGACUCUGGUGAUAGAGAAAAUAGGGAAUGCCAUUUCCAACUAUAUAAAAGCAGGGGUCAACAUCUUCUGACUAGUGCUCGGGUUCUUGAUUCCAUUGUGAAGAACUCUAACAUCAAAGCCACUGACACAGUUUUAGAAAUCGGUCCUGGUACCGGAAAUCUCACUCUCAGGCUUCUAGAAGCUGCCAGUAGGGUUGUAGCUAUUGAAAUUGAUUGGAGAAUGGCGGAAGCACUUCAAAAGCGAGUUGCUGAAUCUGCAUUUGAAGACCGGUUAAAUCUAAUACGUGAAGAUGCACUGAAGACUGAGCUUCCCCAUUUUGAUCUGGUAGUGGCAAAUAUUCCUUAUGGUAUCUCUUCACCUCUGAUUGCUAAGUUGAUGUUUGGAACUCACUCAUUCAGGAGCGCAACGCUUCUUCUUCAGAAAGAGUUUGCACGCCGCUUGUUAGCUAAUCCAGGUGAUUCAGAGUUUAAUCGUUUAGCUGUGAACGUGAAGUUGGUCGCCGAAGUGGAACAUAUCAUGGAUGUAAGCAAGAGGGAUUUUCUUCCUGCUCCAAGAGUUGACUCGUCCGUUGUUCUAAUCAAACCAAAGGCGGAUAUCCCUAAAGUUGAUCUGAAUGAAUGGUGUGCUUUUACCAGGACUUGCUUCAAUAAGAAGAACAAGACAUUAGGAGCAACAUUUAAGCAAAAGAAGAGGUUGGUUGAGCUCAAGAGAAUUUCUAGUUUGAUGGGCGUGAAAGAAACUCAGAUACUGAACCUUUUUUCUGAUACCACUGAUGCAUAUGAAGAUGGAAAGGCUAAUUCUAGCUUACUGUCUUCAGAAAUAGAAAUGUCGUUUAAAGAAAAGGUAACUGAAAUUCUUAGAUCAAGUGGGUUUGAAGAUAAGAGGCCUCUAAAGCUAUCUAUUGAAGAACUAUUGCAUUUGCUUUCAUUGUUCAAUGAAAACAAGAUAUAUUUUCAUGACAAAGAAGAUGUAGGCAAUACAGAGCUGGAUACUUCUUUCGAACUGUAGACUCGUUUAGUUUUACCAAGACAAAAGAGAUCGCGCUGGUUGCAUUAAUGGGAAACGCGUUCCAGGUUUGAGGGCAUCACAUAUCAUACUCCGGGAAGAUGAGUAAUGUCACCCAAAAAUUUCUAAAUACUCCUGAAGCAUAUCGUCUUAAUGAGCAAAGACUCCUCAAACAUAUAUCAUGAGAUCAAGCAUGUGCUUGGUAAUUGGAUAUGGAGAACGGGGUACAAUGGAAAAGACUAUGCAGGAUGCAGCUGACUCAAUCCAACGGCUGGUUCUCUAAUGAUAUAAUCCUGAAGAAUAAACUUCGUACCAUCAGAAAUUGCGCUAACGAUGUUUCGAAAAUUUUUUAUUUUGUCAUACUUAUAUACUUAUACAACCUUUAAGAUGAAAAUCUCUUGCAAGUGGGAUAGGGAUAUGGGGAUCCUAAGCAAAAGGCAAGAAUCAAAAGCGUGUCACAAGCUAUUCAAAAAAAAAAAAAGCGUGUCACAAGGGUGUAAGAAAGACCUUCAACAGUUCAACCAACUAAGUCAACCUUGAUUUUUUUCCCCGACUUAUAAGUUAUAUGCAGUUAGUUACUUAUCUGGGGGUACAAAUGUACAAGCACUAACUCACUAAGGAUCCAAUUCUCUCAUAUUUAUGGGCUGGUACAAUAUUUAUUAUAUGCCUGUCUGCCUGUAUAUUCAAGGCCAAGUUUCUUUUCUAAACUUUCCCUUUUGCCCUUUUGGGCGAGUUAAUUGGGCUGGGGAACAUAUGCAAAUACUUCUAUUUCUCUUGAUCUUUGUGAUUUCUUUU